AUGGUCCAAGUUCGUGUGGAGCGUCGCGUGCGUAUGAGUCGCGCGGACUCGCAAACCACCACCGGCGCGAGCGCGAUGCAGGGCACGGUGCCGCCGUGGGCGUGGGUGUCGCCGUGGGAGCGGCGCGCGCGCACCCGCGCGGCCGGCGAGCGCGCGCGUCGCCGCGACCCCGACAAGUACGCCUUCUACGGCCUGCGCAAGGACACCCGACACUUCAUUAGACUGGACCCGCUGGCGAAGGGCUUGCUGCUGAACCGGCAGUGGGGGGCGACGGGCGCGCCGGUCACGUGGCGCGUCGACCGCUUCCACGACACAGACCCCUGGGCCGCGUCUGAUAUCAAGGUGCAGAUGAAACACAUAGCACCGGCUCCGCUUUACCCCGUGCAGAGCAUUCAGAACAUCCAGAGCUUUCGUCCGUACGAGCCAGUGUCUCUGGUGGCGGGUGGGGCUGGCUCGGGGAGUACUGCCGGGGCGACGAGUGCAGGCAGCGCGGCGCACGGCUGGUCGCACGCGGCGCGCGGGUGGGCGGCGGGCGCGGUGCUGCUGGCGCUGCUCGUCAUCAUCGUGCGAGCCGCAGAGAACUGCCUCCACAAGAAACUCUUCAAAGCCAUUUAUAUGCACACUAAUGUGGGCGCAGGAGAGAUGCAGCAAGAUGUGCUGCAGGGACACUACCGACUGCAAGGAGUGAGAAGACAAGAAUCGGACGAGUGGACGACGCCGAAUGUGAUGGCUACAAGUUUGCAGCAGCACGAGUAUGAGGCCCGGUUGUCGGCGCCGACACAGGAUGUGUGCUGCGACCUGCCGCCGCCCUAUUCCGAGUGCGCCGCCAAGCGCGACGAGCCGCCGCCGCCGUACUCCGCCUGCUACGUCACGUACUCCGCGCCGCCUGCGUCCGACACAAGCGACGCGGCGCCGCGCACACAGCUAGUGUUCGACAACGGUAGGAUAGUGGAGAGGCUCAGCGCAGUGAGCGGCGACAGUGCCGCGGCCGCCGCUAGUGCUGCGCCGCACAGCAGUCGGCCGGAGCUCAAGGACAGAGUGGUGUAUGUGGACGAGACGGCGGACACCGCGCCGCCGGACCGCGCGCUGCUCGUGUAGCGACACACGCGAGUGCCGCUCACACGUGUGUCUGACAUUUGAUACACUUGUAUCAUAGACUCUAAUUAUUUUUGUAUUAUAAUGUAAAAGUCAAUACUCAGUAGGUACAUUUGUGAGAUAGAAUCUACGACGAACUAAAUUACUUUUCUGUAUGAUGUGAGUUUAGAGAACGCUCAAAGGAGUGAUAGUGCGCUUAAUAUUUUGUAACGAGUAUAGAUUGUACAGCUCUCUCAAGAUCUCAAUAAUAUAUUUACAACAUAUUACAGGAUAGCAAUACAUGUAGGCUUCGAUCUGACACUAUUCAACUACUAACUACUUGCCUUUUAUUAGAUACGAUCAUAUUCAAAUGACAGUUUCACUUAUUUACAAUAAGUAGUUUACGUGGAAACUUGGCAGGGUUACAUUCAUAAAAGAUAAUAAUCUUAUAUCUGAUGAUAAUUUAAAGGAAAAGCGUUGCAUACCUAAGCUGAUAAUUUGCAACGUUAUUACAAGCGAGUGACACAAGAAACAAUUGAUUCGAUCAUUUGAUUUUCAAUUAUUUUAUAAUUCUGAGAGUUGAAUAAGUUAUUGUAAGGUUUAGGGAUGUAAUUUUAUUUGAAGUGCCUUGAGUAACGAUUGCAUUGAACUCGUUGACAAAUGGUAACAACUGUAUAUUUGUGUGGCAUGUUAACAACACGUACUUACCUGGGUGUUCGCUUACCAAAGAUACCUGACUGUAGACUAGAUGUAAGAUAUUUUGUAAUUUUGUAGUUCCCCGGGUCACGCUUGUGGUAGUGACUGCGUAGUCGACACACUACCGUUAUAACAUAUUCCUUGUAGGAACAUUGUCUCCAAAUCAAUUACAAUUAUUAAUACAUUUUUGUUUAUCUUAA